AAUUAAAGUCUUCCUGGUCCUGGACGACAACAUCACUCCUCUCUCCUCCUCCUCCUCCUCCUUGUUUUAUUCUGGGACAGCGUGCAAGUGAACAGCAAAACAACACACACACACACACACACACACAGCUGCCAGGGAGGGGCCCUUUAUAAACUCAGCCUCUCACCACAACUCCUACUGUUCUCCGCUGCUCGUCCUCCAUGUCCUGAGCUAACCCUUGAAGGGCAGGGGCCCCUCUCGUAGCCACAGCUGCCAUACACCACACCAUUCCUCAGCCUCUGCCCUCUACCGCUUACAAACCGGCACGCGGUGAUGGAGUUGCCCGCUCGACGACUGGUGCUGUUCUUCGUGGUAAUCAAUGGAUUUCUGGGUCUCUACGUGCUCUGCGUUAGCCUGCAGAUUCAGGUGCCCUGGCACAUGGUGACCGACAACUUCAGGGCCCUCUCCGACACCAAGGAUGCCACUAGGUCUCCUGAGGUGUAUGACGCCAGGAAUAGCUUAUUGGUGGACGCUUCUGGGGCCACAACAACCCAAGGAAGUCCAUUAGAGGUCACCAAAAGGCCAACUACUCAUCCAAAGCCCCCACCACUACCACUACCACCACCACCCACGCCUCCCACCAAACCUGACUACUUUGGAGACAGCUAUGCGGCUGAAAACACUUCCCUUCAAACAAGCUGUCCAGACAGCAUACGGACCAAAGUGCCACUCUCCAGCUUCGCCAAGAAGUUUCUGGAAACAAUACCAGUGCUGCAGUGGGCCAAGUAUGCCACAAUGGCAGAGUACCAGCGUCUGAAGAACUACCCCGGAGCCCACGGAUGGGGAGGACUACAGUUCCCCUUAUUACAGUCCACUCUGUCUAUCCUGAACACCACUGCUAAUCGAGUGCUGUUGGAUGACUGGGAUCAGAGGCCUAAUCGCUCCCAGUGCAUCCGCUGUGCGGUUGUGGGCAACGGAGGCAUCCUCAAGGACUCCAAGAAGGGCUUGGAGAUCGACCAGCAUGACUAUAUAUUCAGAACCAAUGGGGCUGUGAUUAAGGGCUUUGAACAGGAUGUGGGCUCUCGGACAUCCUUCUACACCUUCUCCACCAACACCAUGCACAACUCCCUGCACAGGUACCAGGCGCAGGGCUACAACGGACCACCCCUCUCUGAGGUACACAUACUGAGAAGAACCCUUUGUCUACCUCUCAUUCCUUCAGUAUGCAUAUACUGUAUGUGGAUCUACUUAAAGUAUACUAUAUUUCUGUUGUAUGCAUACAUGCUCUACUGCAACCUUGGCCUGUACCGGGCGCACCUGUCCCUGACCAACUUGCCUGCCGAGAUAGUUAAUGAAAUAAAGGCAAGACCGAACUUGAAGGUAUUUCAUAUUGUUUAUUAUCUCUCUUUAAAUUUCAGGCCACCCAAAUAUUUUGGAGAAAAUGCAUCUGUGGAGAAGUUCAAGAUGUACCAUCCAGACUUUAUUCGUUACCUCAGAAAUAGGUUCCUGCGUUCCUCAAUUCUGAAAGGCAAAUACAAGAACAUCUAUCGGCCCUCAACAGGCGCCACCAUGCUUCUAGCAGCACUGCACACCUGUGAUCAGGUGAGCGCGUACGGGUUCAUGACCCCGGACUACAAGAACUACUCUGACCACUACUACGACAAGCAAUUCCGGGUCAUCUUCUACGCCAACCAUGACUUCCGCCUGGAAAUGAAACUGUGGCAGGAACUUCACCAGGCAGGACUCCUGAAUCUUUACAUGCGCCAGUGAGACUUGUGACCUGGGAAAAACUGUUGCCAUUGCAACCACCCAUGGGACUCCAUGAUUGGUGACGCCAUGCACAAGGAAUCGACAGCCGCGGUUCCGAGCCAAAAAACUGGAACACAAAUGAGGCAUAGAGAUGACCUUGCAUCUCUAUGCCUCAUGUUUUUUUCUUUUUUUAAUAUAUGGAUAUGAAUUCA